UAUCAGAUCAGCUCAGAGAUUACUGUGCACCUCUAGGAGAUAGGAGGGUGAUUCUCUUUCUGCUGCAGGUGGAGGAUACCAUGUCUGAGUUUCUCUGGACCUUUGUGCUAUGCAUCUACAUCCACUAUGGAUUGUCCGCAGGUUUUCCCCAACAGCCGCGAGACACUACCAUAAGGAAUUGUUCUAUCAGUCCUCCGUACAUUCCACCCACUGCAAAGAUUUCCACUGAAGACCUGAACAAGCUUCGGCAGGAGAUGAGAAACAGCAACAUUAGCGCCUAUAUCAUACCGCCCACCGACCCGCACCUGGGGGAGUACAUUGCAGAUCCGGAAAAACGAAGACAGUGGCUGACCGGUUUCACCGGAUCCUCAGGCUCCGCCCUAGUGACCCUCGACAGAGCCGCAGUGUUUACGGAUAGCCGGUAUUGGACGCAAGCAGAGCGCCAGAUGGACUGCAACUGGGAGCUGCAGAAGACGCUGUCAGCGUCUAACAUUGUGUCCUGGAUCCUGGAAGAACUUAAAGAUGGAGAUAAAAUUGGCUUUGAUCCUUUCCUUUGGUCUAUUGAUGAAUGGGAGUCUUUUAACAAUUUACUGGAGGAUUCUGGGAGAAUUCUGCUCUCAAUACCCAACAAUCUGGUGGAUGUGGUUUGGGGAAGUCAGCGGCCCCCUCUACCCAACAACGAGGUCUAUUCCAUUCCUAACGAGUUUGUAGGCAGCACCUGGCAGGAAAAAGUGACUAAUAUCCGAAAUCAAAUGAGCCAGCACUCCCAGAAGCCGACCGCGGUGCUGUUAUCCGCUCUGGAAGAGUCUGCAUGGCUGUUCAACCUCCGUGGACAAGACAUUCCAUACAAUCCUUUCUUCUACUCAUACUCCCUGCUGACCACAGACUCCAUCAGCUUGUUUGUAAAUGUCAGCCGGAUCUCAAGUCAGGUCCGUGGCUACUUGACCAGCAAUUGUCCUGGAACGUGUGUCCAAAUUUUGGAAUAUGAGAAAGUUCGGGAAACCGUGGUAGAGUACGUGCGGGGCAAUGUGAAGAUAUGGAUUGGAUCAAAGUACACCAAUUAUGGAGUAUAUGAAAUUAUACCAAAGAGCAAACUUGUGGCUGAGGAAUAUUCUCCGGUCAUGAGGACAAAAGCCGUGAAAACUGAAAAAGAACAGCAAUUAUUGAAGAACUGCCAUAUCCGGGAUGCGGUGGCUGUGAUCGAGUACUUGGCUUGGCUGGAGAAAACCGUACCGACGGACACUGUGACUGAAGACAGCGGAGCAGAAUAUGUUGACGAGCGCCGAUCGAAACAGGCAUACUUCAAAGGGCCGAGUUUUGGUACCAUUUCUGCCGGUGGUCUAAACGCAGCGCUACCGCAUUACAGAGCAACGAACGAGACCAACCGCAAACUGAGUGUGAGAGAAAUGUACCUCGUUGAUUCUGGGGGACAGUAUUUUGAUGGAACAACAGACAUCACAAGGACCGUUCACUGGGGGAAACCAACUGACUUCGAAAAGGAAGCUUAUACGCGGGUCCUGAUGGGAAAUAUUGAGCUGAGCAGACUGGUCUUCCCGCCGCGCACAUCUGGGAGAGUGAUAGAAUGUAUAGCCAGACAGGCUCUGUGGGAAGUGGGCUUAAAUUUUGGCCAUGGCACCGGACAUGGAAUCGGAAACUUCUUCGCUGUCCAUGAAUGGCCAGUAGGCUUUCAGUCGAGUAACAUUGGAAUGACUGUUGGAAUGUUUACAUCAAUCGAGCCUGGUUACUAUCAUGACGGAUAUUUUGGUAUUCGCAUUGAGGAUAUUGCGGUGGUAGUGGAAGCAAACACAAAGCACACAUUUGGAGGCGAGAAGUAUCUGACAUUUGAGACGGUGACCUUAGUUCCAUAUCACAGAAGUCUGAUUGACACCAGUAUUAUGACAGAUGUACAGAUUGAAUAUGUUGACAAGCUGUAUGAGAAAAUCAGACGCAUUAUGGGGCCUGAACUAAAGAAACAGAAUCUUAAUGAGGAAUAUAAAUGGCUGGAGAAGAACACGGAGCCGUUAUCACAUGGGACGUUCAUUACAGCAUCUCUCGGGGUCCUGACAGUAACGGUUAUAACCAACGUAUUUCUACAGCAGGCGUCGGUGUGACAGAUCUGUGAGAUAACGAACACCUGCUAGUUAUUAAUAAUAACUUUCUCAACUCAAUACAUUUCUUGAAAUAAACAAAUAAGGGGAUGGCGCUAAAGAUAUUGAGGAACUAACAGCAGCAUUAUUCCAGCAAUAUAAUAUUUUCGCUCAUGUGGUUAUUGUGUAAUGAAUGAUCAAAAUUCCCUAAACCGGUCUUGGAAAUAUCCAGCGCAUCUGACUGCGAUAUUUGACCAUAAUUGUCCCCCGUCAUCUACCGACUGCGUGACAGUGCCAGACAAUUUAUUGUUAUUGUAUAAAACUCUUUUUAAUAACUUCCUUUGUUUUUUUUGUGAAAUGAACAAUAACCACAAUACAAUAUGUAUUCUGCUGUAAUAAAGCGAUUUGAGGAAAGCUGUCCUUCAAAUGACCUUUCUGCUGCAGAAUGUACAUCUAUUACAUGUUAACGUUUAUUUUCUAUAAGAUCAG